UAAGUGAGCAGGCAGCCUCGGAAGCUUCUUGUUUUGAGUGAGUGUGGCGGCGGCUGCCAGCGAUGUCUUCAGCUUGUGCGGACUUGUGUCAAUGUAAGAACGACAGGGGGCUGAGCAGCAUCCUGUACAAACUGCUGAAAAACGAUGACCCGGAGCUUCCCCCGGAACAGCAGAACCCCGCUGCAACCUCUCGACCUCCGGGGCAGGGCUGCCCCUGUAAGUCUAGGCGGAAAAUGGUGCUCAAAUGCCCCCACACCAGCUGCGCAGCAGCCUCCGUGGUCCUAGCGAAGACGCUGACAUUUGUUAAGAAUGUGCCCUGUUUCCAGGCUCUGCCCUGGGAUGACCAGCUCACCCUGGUGAGAAGGUGCUGGGCGCCUCUCCUGGUCCUGGGACUGGCACAGGACAAAGUCGAUUUCGAAACGAUGGAAACCUCCGAACCCAGUAUUUUACACACGAUUUUAACCAACGGGCCCCCGAACAUCCAGGAAGAGACAGGACAUCAACAUUUACCUUCGGCGGCCGAGAUCCAAACCAUUCAAAGGUUUCUGGUGAAGUGCUGGAGCCUGGACAUUAGCCCCAAGGAGUAUGCCUAUCUGAAAGGGAUUCUCCUGUUUAACCCAGAGCUCCCAGGACUGCACUGUGUAGGGUACAUUCAGAGUCUUCAGCAAGAGGCACGGCAAGCUCUCAAUGAAUAUGUGAAGACAAUUUAUACCCAAGAUCAGACUCGCUUUUUCAACCUGAUCAUUGCACUUUCCAUGCUCCGAUCCAUUAGUGCAGGUGUCAUUGUUGAACUUUUUUUCAGACCCACUGGUAAUAUAAACAUAGAGGACAAGUUGCUGGAUAUGCUGUGUGCCCAUAGCAAGGCUCAAGCUACAGGGAAAACGAGUGCAUAGUAAAUGCUGAUGUUGCUCGAUGUGAAUAUGCUGUAAAAUAGUCUAUUUAAGUUAUUUGUGUUUUUGCAGACAGUAUUUUUGUAUAUUACUAAUCUUGAAUUUAAUGUGAUUUGUCAUGAAUAAAUGCAAUAUUAUUGAGAUUGACUGAGCUCUCAUAAACUUGUUUAAUUUUCCAGUAAA